CAAGAUGGCUCCCACUACCAAGGUGCGGUGUUUAGAACAGUGCCUGUGUUCUCGUGUGUAUGGAACACAGGGAACAUUUCCGAUGUUCUAUCACAGACCUGCUAUUGUUUGCUUUGGUUUUUUUUUUUUGGCCAUUAUCAAAGAUGGCGUCCGCAGACUUCCGGGAUCGCUCUUUGUGGGCAUCUCGUUGUACUUAGACCGAUUUCUAAUGGGAAUUUCAUGGCGUCCUCGCUGAGCGGCAUGUUUUCAGCGCAGCCUCCUGGUCCCCCACCUCCCAUGCAACCCGGGGUGGGGCCGGGACUCAUGUCAACUCCCCCCGGGGCCAAGAACCCCAAUAACACCCUGGUGGACGAUUUGGAAUCUUCAUUCGAGGUUAGAAUCCUGAGUAUCAGCAACUGGUCUGGGGGUUCUUUGCCUGCCUGCCGUUAUCUCCCAGCGAGAGGGGCAUGGGUAGCAUGGGCAGAGGAACAUGGUCUCUAUACACCAGGGGUCCUCAAACUGCGGCCCUCCAGAUGUUUCUGAACUACAACUCCCAUGAUUCUUUGAAUUACAUAGAUAGCCAGAGAAUUAUGGGAGUUGUAGUUCAGCAAUAUUUGGGCAGAGAGUUUGAGGACCCCUGCUCUACACAGCAGUCUAUGCUUUUGUUUUACAUGAUUAUUUAUAAAGCGCCAACAAUUCCGCAGCACUGUACAAUGGGAUCAUAGUAAUACAUUCAAUGCAUUCUUUCAGUGAUGAAUCGUUGUGAAUACAUAAUGGUGCAGAUAUUUGUACAUAUUUUUACAUUUUGUACCUAUACAUUUCAUAUAAAGAUGUGUAAACGGGCUUCAUACAUGAUACAAUAGGCGUAUAUGCAACUUUUUAGUCUUACAAUUAUGACUUUUUCUUACAUUGUAGCUAGUGCCAAAUUUCAGACUGAAAUUUGUUUGUAUUUCUCAUUCCAGAUUAAAGGAACACUAUAGAGUUAGGAAUACAAUCGUGUUUCAAACACUAUAUAGUUCUAGAGUGGCUGUUUAGGUUACUGGCACACUCAGUUCAGAGUGUAUUAAAGGAUCAGUAUAGUGUCAGGAAAACAGCGGUUUUCCUGACACUAUAGUGCCCUGAGGGUGCCCGCACCUUCAGGGUCCCCCUUCUGUGGCGCUGAAGGGGUUAAAACCCCUUCAGCAGCUUACCUUCCAGCGCUGGGCUCUCUCGGCGCUGGUGACCUCUCCUCCCCCUCUGAUGUCAGCGGAGCUGUGUGCGCGGCAAGUUGUCAAUAGGAAAGAAUUUUUCAAUGCUUUCCUAUGGACGCUCUGCGCGAUGGAAGCAUAAUAUGCCUUCAGCGUCACAGAUGCGCCACUAGUGGCUGUUCGGAAGACAGCCACUAGAGGCUGGCGUAACCCCAACUGUAAACAUAGCAAUUUCUCUGAAACUGCUAUAUUUGCAUCUGAAGGGUUAAAACCUGAGGGACAUUGCACCCAGACCACUUCAUUAAGCUGAAGUGGUCUGGGUGACUAUAGUGUCCGUUUAAACAUCAUUUCUCCAUCAUUGCUACUGGCCCCGCCUGCGUGCCGAUAAUAUAUAUUAAAACAAUAUUUUAGGCAUUAUGGCUGCAAGGCCUGUCCCCAGGUGCAGCAGCCCACUGGGAAAUGUUCACGGUAUCCCGGUGGGCCGGUACACUCCUGUAUAAUAUGUGUUGUACAAUAAUUUGAAAAAAUGUAAAUUGUGGUUUAACACAAACAUUGCAAAUAUUGCUUUGGUGCUUAAAGGACCACUAUAGUACAAGGAAAACACUCGUUUUUUUGGCACUAUAGUGCCCUGAGGGUGCCCCCACCCUCAGGGACCCCCUCCAGCCCGGCUGGAUGGCAAGGAAAGGGUUAAAACGUACCUUUUCUCCAGCGCCGGGCGGGGAGCUCUCCUCUCCGCCUCUUCGGCUAAAUGUGCAUGCGCGGCAGGAGUUGCGCGCGCAUUCAGCCGGUCUCAUAGGAAAGCAUUUACAAUGCUUUCCUAUGGACGCUUGCGUCUUCUCACUGUGAUUUUCAAUGAGACGGCUACUAGAGGAUUUAGAGGCUGGAUUAACCCUAACGUAAACAUAGCAGUUUAUCUGAAACUGCUAUGUUUACCAAAAAAAAAAAAAAGGGUUAAUCCUAGAGGGACCUGGCACCCAGACCACUUCAUUAAGCUGAAGUGGUCUGGGUGCCUAGAGUGGUCCUUUAAGUGAAAAACAAAUGAUGCUCGGUCACUAGGGGAUAUUAUGUCUAGGAUUUCAGUUUAUUUUCGCAAAAUACAAAGAGAAAAAUACAAACUUAUUCUUAUGCCCCCACACCCCCCCAAAAAAAGAAUGUUUUACUUCUCUUAAUCCACCACCGGGCAAUGCUCCUGGCGCUGCUCAGCAUGCUCCCACCUGACCCCACGUGAAUCGCCCGGAGUUCAGUUCCAAUGCUUCUCAUAGAGAAGCCUUUGAUUAGACAAUUUAACUGAGGGGAGAGCACAAGAAGGGAGAGCGAGUGGCAGAAAAAAAAAAAAAUAUUAGCAGAGGGUUUAGGGAGGCAAUCCGUGUACGUCUUCAGAGUCUUAUGUAACGAGGGUGGAACUAGCCCCCGGCACACAAUUAAAAAUUACUCUGAAUGUGCAGAAAUGCAUAUAGAGAUUCCUACCGCCAGGAUGACUACAAAAAGCAAAAGUGUUCAGCUUUUAACAGCUAAUUUUUAUGUUUUCUUUUUUGUAGCUGUCAGACUGUUUGUUUCCUAUUCUGUUAUCUUUGUGUAAACCGAUCACAGUUUAGUGAAUAUACUCCUAACACAGAAAGUUUACACAUUUUUUAUUUAUAUAUAUAUAUAUAUAUAUAUAUAUAUAUAUAUAUAUAUUCUUUUUUUUCCUAUUUGAAUACUUUGGUAUACUACUCUUUAAUGCCUUUGCUGCAGAUGAUUACACAAUGUCGUCAUCCACAGUACUCCCGAAAUGCGGUGGAUGACACACAGUUAUUCACUAAGGCUCGCUCUAGGGCCAGGACAUUGUCUUCACUUUUUCAAAUAACGUCUGCCCAGAAAAGGUGUGCCCAGUUAUUAAUGUUCCUUCUAUUGGGUCAACCAAUUUUGUCCAGGUUGAAUGAAUGAAAUUAUCGUUGAUAAUGUGAAAAUGUUAUAUUCUCAUUACCAAUGCAGCCAUGAUGGAGGGCCAUCCCUCUGAUUGAGAAGAGCUCUAGUUUAUACCAGUGUUCUUUUGCAGUUUGAUAUUAAUCCAGGGGAUGGCGCCAGGUGACUUUAGGAAGCCUAAUAUACAGUUUGCUUAGAAUGCCUUGUUAAAUGCAGUGAAUGCAAAAGCAUAACAUAUUUGGUCAAGUAAGGUGAUAUGAAUGCUAGUGUAGCUUAGUGCAAGAUAUUUUUAUUUGAGCUCUUUGGUUUUUUUUUUUCAGAUCUAAAUGUCUGCAAUUUCUUUUACAGGCUUGUUUUGCUUCCCUUGUUAGCCAAGAUUAUGUAAAUGGUACAGAUCAAGAAGAAAUCCGGACCGGUGAGAACACUUUAUUUCUAAAUGAAUGAUUAAUAGAAUUGUCCUAAAAUUGUACAUGGCUCAGCAAUGCAAAGGCUAUCUCAAUUUAGAAGUUUUGGAUUACUUCCAACCCUACCUCUGAAUAUGUACAUAUUCUUUGUACAUUGUGAAUAAAUUCUCAUUUAUUAUUAUUAUAUUUUUUUUAGUACGAACAGAAAUGGGAGCAUUGCUUCUAACUAUACUGUAAUUUAAAAUCAAAUAUUCAAACUAAAAUGUAUCAAAUCUUGCACUUUUUUUUUUUUACAUUUUAGAUUUACUUUUGUACUAAGAAUAUUAAUUAUUAUUAUUAUUAUUACCAAUGUAACGUGUGCUGUAGUGAUUAUGGUACUAGGAGUGCUCCAGUGGAUGUAAAGCUCACUACCUCUGUCACUAUGCAAGUAUAUCUGUAGUUCCCAACUAAUCAAACAAUGGACAUACCUGGCUGUCAGAAUGUUGUGUUUCUUGUUUGGAUUAUCAUAAAGAAACCGUUCCAUGCAAUUUUAUUUUUUUCUCCUUUUAUUUCAGGGGUUGAUCAAUGUAUUCAGAAAUUUCUAGAUGUUGCCAGACAAACGGAAUGUUUUUUCCUUCAGAAAAGAUUGCAUCUUUCUGUCCAAAAGCCUGAGCAGGUUAUUAAAGAGGUUUGUCACAUUGCUGACAUUGCAUAGUAUGGUGGAAGGGAUUCAGGGUGAAAUAUGGUACCAAAAGGCAAUCCCUUUGCAAAGCACAUAACCAUCAAAUAUAAAAAAACUGCCAUACACCAACAACUCAUUACAUUUCCAUCACAUUCAGUGUCUGAUGUUGCUUUGCCUACCUUUCUUUCAUAUGUAGGCCUGUAGAGCAUUAUGGGAGUUACUGCAGGUUACAGGUUUAACUGCAAAACCCCUGUUUUGUAUGUUGAAGAGUUUCUUUAACCACCAUGACCACUGAAGUGGUCAUGGUUGUAUUAGUCAGUAUGUGCAGGGUUUCUGCUUAAAACACGCACAUACAAUGUUCUUAUUAACUGUAUGCUGGGGGCUAGUUACACACCCUGCACACAUGACAUAAGCAGCUUAGAACCCUAUUCAGGACUGCCUAAUUUCAAUUCUGUGCAUUGUUUGCAUCUGUCGUCCGUGCGCUGGCAAAAUACAUUAUAUUUUCCCUCCUUGAAGGUUCUCUCCUUCCCACCCUGUGGGCACUCCAUCUGCUACUUGUAUUGCUUUUUGUAUUAAUGACCUGCCUUGCGUGCAUGUGCUCCAAGCCAGCAAAAUGAUCCAAUCCUCUAUGAGAAGCAUCCGAUUAAACUGUGCAAGGCCCAUGUGACAUCAGGGCAAGGUAUGGAGUCAGUUUUGCUCGGCGCUGGAUUCCAGAUAAGGCAAAUUCUUCUUUUUGCAGGUUAUUCUGCUAACAGAAGGGGUGGGGGGUGGGGGAGGAACUAUUUCAUAGUGCUCAAUAGGGCAUUUUACACAGAAUAGGUCCCCCAAAAGGGUUGGAGUAAGACUUUAAAGGUACAGUGACUUAAAUCAAGGAGACCAUAACAUGCAUUGUAAAACUAAUAAAUUAUAUCAAAUGUAUCUGGGUUACUUCCAGCCCAUCGAUUUGUAACUUAUUAGAAUUACUGGCAUUUAUAAAGCAAUAUGUAAAGAUCAAUACAACAUGUAAAGAGGGCUCUGCCCAUGAGCUGAGGUCUAGAGCUUUUAAAGCUCUUUUAUACAAAGUGCAAUGCUAGAGUGCCUGAAUGUUUACAAUCUAAAGCUUGAAAUGGUGAACUAAGACAAGAGGUUAGCAAGGGAAUUUUAAUGUGAUGACCUGAGAUAUUAAAUAAUUUGUAGCCAUUGGUAAGCUGUAUAGGUAAUGAGGAGGUAAUUGAGGAGAUACUGUGGCUAGUAAGCCUGCAAAAAAACAAAACAAAAUCCAUUUAAAAAAAAACACUUUUUUUGGAAUGCAGCAUUGGGAGAAGCUCCCGGCUCUGCCUUCCAUGUCUCCAUCCGACUUCAGAAAGGGCCAAAGGCUUCUCAUAGAGCCGUUUCACUCGCUCAAACCACAUACACCGCAAUCUGUGCUGAUGAAGAUUAGGAGGAUGAGUGGGUGGGAAAGAGGAUUUAAAGAAAACACUGAGGGUAUAGGGAGGAAGGUAGUGUUCAACAAAGGGAAAUAUAAAGCUCAGUACAAUGUGCAGUGCGCGAUGGACAUAUUUUUUGCACAGGAUUGACAUUUGGCAGUUUGGAACAUAGCUCCGGGCUGCCAAAGUCACAUUUGCCUGGGUUGUAACUAGUCCCUGCCACUAAAGUGCAGAUUACUCAGUAUUCAGUGUGCAGUGUUUCAAGAAGAAAAGCUAUACACACAGACUCCUACCACUAUGACCACUUCAAAUCACUAAAUUGGUCAUGGGGUUUGGAGUAACCCUUUAGAGGGGGUCUGUAAUUACUCUGGAGUUUUAAUAUUCGGUUUACUUAACCUCUAUUUUGAGGAUAUAAGGGUUUAAAAUAAAUAAAUUAAAUGUAGAAAUCCACAUUGCUGCACAUAGGUCAAUCCUAUAACUUGAAGGAACACUAUAGUCACCUAAAUUUCUUUAGCUAAAUAAAGUAGUUUUAGUGUAUAGAUCAUUCCCCUGCAAUUUCACUGCUCAAUUCUCUGUCAUUUAGGAGUUAAAUCACUUUGUUUCUGUUUAUGCAGCCCUAGCCACACCUCCCCUAGCUAUGAUUGACAGAGCUUGCAUGAAAAAAAAAAAAAACUGGUUUUACUUUCAAACAGAUGUAAUUUACCUUAAAUAAUUGUAUCUCAAUCUCUAAAUUGAACUUUAAUCACAUAUAGGAAGCUCUUACAGGGUCUAGCAAGCUAUUAACAUAGCAGGGAAUAAGAAAAUCUUAAUUAAAUAGAACUUGCAAUAAAAGCCUAAAUAGGGCUCUCUUUACAGGAAGUGUUUAUGGAAGGCUGUGCAAGUCACAUGCAGGGAGGUGUGACUAGGGUUCAUAAACAAAGGAAAUUAACUACUAAAUGGCAGAGUAUUGAGCAGUAAGGCUGCAGGGGCAUGUUCUAUACACCAAAACUGCUUCAUUAAGCUAAAGUUGUUCAGGUGACUAUAGUGCCCCUUUAAUGUCUCCAUCUUCGCUCACUGUCAUCCAUUAUUAUAGAACAGUGAUGGCGAACCUAUGGCACGCGUGCCACAGGUGGCACACCGGGCCCUCUCUGUUGGCACGCGGCCAUAGGUCGUCGGGAGAGGGGGCCGCUGGCUGUCUGCAGAGUAGGCACCUGCCUGCCCAAAACGGCAGGCGCCUACUCUGCUUCCAUGUCGGGAGGCAGGGGGAGGGCUCUAGGAAGCAGCUCUCAUGUCCUCCCCCGCGAUGCUGUGUGGAGCGUUGCCGCGUGUUACCAUGGCAAUGCUCCACACAGCAUCGUGCCGGAUGACAGGAGAGCUGCUUCACACAAACCUACUUACCACCAAAGGGAAGAGGAAGGGAGGGGACGUACAGAAUUAAUAUAUAUAUAUAUAUAUAUAUAUAUCACCCUACCCUGCACACACACAGCACCCCCACAUACAUCACCUUACCCCGCGCGCACGCAGCACCCCUACCGCGCGCGCACGUUGCACCCCGCAGACAGACAGACACACACGCUGCACCCCUUAGACAGACAGACAGCACCCCUCACACACAAACACUGCACCCCUUAAUGCAGUCUGUGUGUGUGUGUUUGUGUAUAAAUGAAAUGUGCCAUCAUCUUCCAGUAUCUCAGUAUAUGAAUAGUGGUAAAGCCAAGGUUAUUUCUGGUAUUCUCUCCACCAAUCUUGGUAAUUUUAUCUUUGUGAUAGGAUGUCUCCGAGCUGAGGAAUGAGUUACAGCGGAAGGAGGCACUCAUCCAGAAACAUCUUGGAAAACUUCGAAGUUGGCAACAGAUUUUAGAAGAAAUAAACGUACAACAUAAAAAGACAAGUGAGAUGGCACAGGGGCCACUUGCCUACUUGGAGCAAGCUUCAGCCAAUAUUCCAGCACCCAUGAAGCAAAAGUGAUUGACAUCCAUGUACUGAGUAUAUUUUCAUGUUUAAUGAAUGUGCUUUUUGUAUAUCAUUUGUUAGUAAAAUAAAAUACUUAUUUUUGGUUUUAUAAAUGUAUGUAUGUUUAUUUUAUUAAUUAAAAGAAAUCUUUUAAUUGUAUUUUAACUUUUGAGGAUGGCUGUACAUUUCUGUCACGGACUGUUAAGAUUCAACCAUCCCGAUUGUUAGCUGGUAACCAUUCAUUGACUGAUCAGUGUGGCAGCUCAUGGAUAGUCUCAUUGCCGGAUAGACUUGGGGACAAUAAAAAGCAAUUGUUUCUCAAAACAUG